AUGAUGGGCGUUUUUGUACAAGAGCGCUGGUGGACUGUUGCUGGUGUUCGAGCUGGAGAGCAGGACCGCGGCCGUCGAGGCCUUUUAUAUCCUGACGAGCAGCGACGGGCUGGUGGAAAACGACGGCGCGGUUCCCGGCUUCCCUUGACCAAGGUGACCAAGGUGCCUGCGUCGUCGCCCGCUCUUGCUGCGGACUGGCAGCGAGCCUUGCCAUCGCGACCUGCAAAUUCCCUCGGCUUGCCGCGGGCCGUCGGCAUCCAGUCCGGAGCAGGCGUCUCUGCCCUCUGGCGCUCCCGCCCGGCUCACCGGACCCCAGAAACCCUGGCCAAAUGCCCCAGUCACCUGCAGACCUGA